GUAGAAUUUACGAUUGCAAGUUCGCGGUAAUGGUGUAGUGAAGUUUAUUAUUAACAACAACAAUUGAUUUAAUUUAUUAUAAAAGCUUCCAAGUGAAUAUAAAUAAUAAAUAAACAUAUCUAGUAUUUAAAUUAUUAGAAUACAAAAUGUUGCCACUUUCGUUACUCAGGACAGCGCAAAAUCAUCCUAUGUUGGUUGAAUUGAAAAAUGGAGAAACCUACAACGGACAUUUAGUUAGUUGUGAUAAUUGGAUGAACAUCAACCUUAGAGAAGUAAUUUGUACGUCACGGGAUGGUGACAAAUUUUGGAAGAUGCCCGAGUGCUACAUCAGAGGUAGUACUAUAAAAUAUUUGCGUAUUCCGGACGAAGUUAUCGACAUGGUCAAGGAAGAUGUUCAAAUGAAAUCUCGUGGACGAGGUGAAAUGAAAGGAAGAGGUGGUCAAAGCCAACGCGGUGGACGCGGAGGAGGUCGUGGUGGCGGUACUUUUGGUAACCGUGGAAGCAGAGGACCAGCACCUUUAGGUCGUGGUAGCGGCGGUAAUCAAGGCAACAAGCUCCUCAACAAAAAUAGAAACAAAUAAUUUAAUCACUUAAUUUUAAUUACUAUAUAUUUAAUAAAAAUUUUCUAAGAUUAA